AUGACGAGAAGGGUUUCCAACUUCUCCGAUCUGAUCCAGCGAGUCACCGCAAACUGGUUCCUCCACCCUCUCGCCGUCGGGAGGUACAAUGCGACCGGCAGGGACAAGGAAAAUAACUCGUCACCGAGCGAGACUGAGAAAAAUAGGUACGAAGAAGAAGGAGAAGAGGAAAGCAGCGACGAAGACGAAGAAGUGUUCGAGGAUGAGGAGAAUGACGAGGAGUUCUUUCAAGAAGAGAAAAUGGUAGGAGCAAGGGUUUUGAAGGUGAAGCAAAUGGAAUCGAUAAUGGAAGAAGUUUUUGAAACAGUGUCGUCACUGAAGAGAGCUUACGUUAGCCUCCAGGAGGCACAUUCCCCAUGGGACCCGGAGAGGAUGAGGGUUGCUGACAUGGCAGUGGUGGCGGAGCUCAGGAAGCUUACAAUGUUGAGGGAGCGGUUCCGCCAGAGCUCCGACGGCGGCAGAAAACAGAGGAAAAAGAGGAGAGGAAAUAGAGGCGGUGGUGGCGUGUCGCUGAGGGAGGUGGUGGCGCCAUACGAGGCGAUGAUGGACUUCAAUGGAGCGAACUCUCUAAAAACAUGA